AUGGUGAAAAAUAAAGAAGUGAGCAUUGAAGGGGCUUUGCAUUUGGCACAGAAAGAGCUUUAUUCUGAAAAGGAUUCACAGGACUUGCUAACUGGAUCACAAUUUAACUUCAGUAUCUACAAGUACAAACACUAUCGGUGGCAGAAACGAAUUUUGCAGAUUGAUUUCAAUACAAAGACCAUUUUUAACAUUGAAAAAGGAAUUAUUAAGAAACAGUUCCCUUUCUCUCAAGUCAAAGCCUGUGAAGAUACUGAAAGGAGGCGCUUCAGCAUUGUGUUUCAUGGGCGACAAGAUUAUGAGCUGGAAGCAGUGUCUCUUGAUGAUAAAAGGAAGAUAACAUACCUUCUGAGCAGAGUUAUACAGAGCAAUUCUUCUAAGAGGCCAGUAGACUCCUGCUCUGGAAGACCUCCAGAAUGUGACGUGAUACACGAAGGACUGCUGGAUUUGCAGCAAAACACUUUCACGUCCACUGAAUGGGUGAAGUGCUUGGUCCAACUACGUGAAGGAGAACUGACUUUCUAUUGCAUAGGUGUGGGACGAAAGAACAAGACUGCAGAUCCCGUAACAAAUACAAUUAAUUUGUCAGGUGGUAAUGUGAGUGUCAGCAAGGAGAAUGGAUGCAGUGCCUUUUCAGUUCAGACCAAAGAACACAAUUAUUUGUUUCGAAUACCCUUUACUGUCCAAAAUAACAGGGCAGAGGAUGUUAGCAAGCUCCAGAACGAAUGGGUGUCUCUCAUAGAAAGGUACUGCCAGCUGCACAAGACUGUCCCGCUGCCUCUGGAGGAAUCACCUCCUCAAGGAUUUAUCUCAUUGGAACCGGAUUAUGUGGAUUUUGCUGUACCUCUGAAUGAACAGAAAGAGGAAGCCCUCUACUUUGGUGUGAGUUCUGCAACGACGAGUCUGAACAAGUCUUCAAGCCCCCAGACAAAGCCCACAGAGGGGGAAGCAGCCCCAGCAUCACCAUCUCUUGCACCUCCCAUGAGUAAGGCAGAGGUACCGCCAGCCCCACCUGCCUUACCGCAGCCCUGCAGCCUCUCUCCAUCCACAAAGAGAACCAAAGCCUUUCACUGGGAUGUUGUUCCUUGUGACAAGAUUCAAAAAUCUGUCUGGGGAUUGUGUGACCCAAGCAAGAAAAGAAUAGAUGUGUCCAGACUCUGUGAUCAGUUCCAGAUCCAGGACAUGGCAGUAUUUUUGGGCAACGAACCUUCAGUGAAUCAGCACAUCAUGUUAGAUCGAAAAGUUGCACAUAACUUCAACAUUUUUCUUAAAAGUUUCCAUAUAAAACCAAGUGAGCUGAAAGAAAAACUAUACAUCAUACAUGAAGAGAGUGGUGGACUUACAGAUGAGCAGAUUACAGCACUAAGAAGAUACAUGCCAACACCAAAGGAUGCAGAAAGGUACCAGUCAUUCAGGGGGUCCCCUUCAGAGCUGCAUGUGGUUGAUCAAUUUAUGUUUGAGAUGUGUAAAAUCCCCCACUUAGCCCAGAGGCUGGAUCUCCUGCUUACCAUCCGUGAGCUCCCUGUGAGCAUGAGAGAUUUGGAGCCGCUAAUAAACCAGAAAAUCCGAGCAAGUAAGCAGCUGCAGUCCAGCCAGAAGUUUGUUGCUGUCUUGGAGUACAUUUUAGCCAUUGGGAACCAUUUAAAUGAAAAGGCUGGAAAAGAGAAGGCCAAAGGAUUUAGACUGUCAUCUUUGACCAAAUUAACUCUGCUGCGGGGUAAGGAGAGGACGUUCACCUUGCUUCAUGCCCUUGUGGAACAGAUCUUCUUACAUGAGCCUGAUUUGGCUAAAUUUUCUCAGGAGUUGACAGAAUUUGAAGCUGUUCCUGAUGCUUCCAUGAAGGGCCUCAGUGCUGAAAUUGAUGUUUUAAAAAAAGAAUUGGAGAACGUUAUUCAAUGCAGGCGGCUUAUUAAACCCAAGACAAUCAAGGCAACACCCCAGGAGUCACAGUUCUGCAAGGAACUAAAG